GACGAUACGCCUUUUCAGUAUAACUGCCGUGCUUUGUUUUUGGAAUCAAAAUUCAAAAAAUCGUUUAGUCCUAAGAUUAGUGUUAAUCCUACGUGUUGAAAAUAUUCAACUUAGACCAAAAAGUGAUAAAAUGCUCUCCGAAGCGUUGGGUGAUUUAGAAAAAUGUGUCGAUACAGCAGGAACACAACUCGAUUCACUGGCCCUCAAAAUUACUGAUGUUGAGAAGAAUCUGGUGGAAUCCGGUGAUAAUGAUAUGCCGGGAUUGGAGAACGGCAUGAUGCAAUUGCUGCAGUCAGUCACUGAGGUAAAAAAUGAAUACCAGAAUCUUCGCAAGGAUCUUCAGGAAGUUCAGCACCUGCAGAAGGAAAUGACCUGCUCUCUGAGGCACCAACUAAGUAUGAUGAAUCAAGCAUUUUACGUUUUAAAGAAAAAGAUUGAGGCAAAUAAUUUGCCAAUCACGUCCCUACCGCCUCCUCCCACAACAUCGGUGAAGGAAAACUCCGAUGCGUAAAUACUGCUUGCUAAAGCCUCGCACACUAGAAGUUGAUCUGGAUAGGCGAUGUAUGUGUUGAUAUGGUAUAGGUAAUGAUGGAUCGAUUUUGAAUUUAUUUUCAUAAUUAAUAAUGUCGAUUACUUUAGGAUUCCUGCACAUUUUGCUGUAUUCUGUGAGUGUGAUAUCUUAAACGUUUCAUUCGCUACGCGAGUAACAUUCAUUGGAAUAGUUAGAGAAAAUGUUCAUCGAUAUUCCAUUAAGCAAACGGUCGAGUAUGUUUCCUUGUAUUAAUUCCUCGCGUGUUCCAAAGCAAUCCGAUAAUUUGGCCGGUUUUCUGCAUAUUUUAGCAAUUACUUCACGUCAUAUGCAAAUGUAUGACGGAUAAUCCAUAUUUUAAUUGCAGGGAAAUUGCCAAAGUUCAAUGUGAAGGACAAAGAAGAAAAAUUAUUGAUGAAUAUUAGGCUCCGUAGUUCAAACUUUAGCAUAACAACUUCUUUUAUGACACGGUAAUUGUUAAAAUGCAGAAAAACCAUCCGAAAUUGACCAUGUUUGCAUGGAUUAAAUAAGCGGGUAAUUAAUUUUUAAAACGAUUCGUUUUUUGCAAACAUGACCAUUUCAAGCAAUGAAUUAUUGUUUGAUUAUUUACAUAUGGUCACUUUAUCCUAGUAAAUGUAGUGUGCGUAUAGAAUCACCACGAAUAAUCAUAACUGAAACACGAAUUGCGUAUUGUUUCGUAUUAUCUGUGUUAUUUACAAUCUUACUUAAGAUUUUUGAAAUAAAUGUACCUUAUAUUGUGUUUUCUUCAA